CUUUCACAGACUGUAAGAAGAAAACAUCUGAAAGGCGCUCUUUUCGGAAUUUACGCAGAUAAACACAGACAACUUUGCUAAAUUUUCGUCAUUUUCUUCAAAAAUUCCCCGCCUUCUUUAAUUUUCAUCUCAUUUCACUCUUCUCCAUUCUUGCUUACUCAAUAGUCAAUUCUCAUUCUUCCUUUCCCUUUUCCUUCAAACCCUAAAAUCUACCCCCAAAUUUGGUCAUUUUCACUUCGCGUGAGAUUUCUGCUAUCGAAUUCUCGUUUUUGUUUUCAAUUUUGUUUAUUAAUUUUUUUUGAUUAUGUGAAUGUUAGGUUGCUUACAAUGGCGGGAAUGGAGGUGUUCACAGAGGAGCCAAUUGCUGAGGUGAGGAGGACGAGUGAGAGAACGAGAGGCAAAAAAGUAACUUACAACGAAAAAGAGCUGUCAAAGUCUACUGUAAAUAGGCCCGAAAAAAGGGUUAAAUGUCAGCGUAGUAAUGGCGCUGGUAGAAAGCCGAAGGUUCGGGAAAUUACGAAGCCGGAGCAGAGUAAUGUCAAUGAUAUUGAGGUUGCAAGGGGUUUGAUGGAGUGCCCGAACGAAAGAGAUGGGUUGAUGGCUUUGGGUCUUAAGUUGGAAGCUGUUCAAGAUGAUGCUUCUGCUCAUGGAGUUGAAAAGAGCGAUCAUUUGAAAGUUAAAGAAACACUUCGAAUUUUCAACAAUUAUUACCUGCAUCUCAUUCAGGAGGAAGAGAAUAGAUGCAAAUCUAUUGAAGAGGAAAAGAAAAAGAAAGGCAUAGUGGACAAUAAAUCCCCUCAUAAGCGUCCUGACCUCAAGGCAGUUAGUAAGAUGAUGGAAGCUGGGAAAGUUCUAUUUCCCAUAAAGAGAUUUGGUGAUAUACCUGGUGUUGAUGUUGGCCACCAAUUCUUUUCGCGAGCAGAAAUGGUUGUAGUAGGUUUCCAUAGCCAUUGGCUGAAUGGAAUUGAUUAUAUGGGGCAGGCAUAUUGCAAAGGGGAAUACAGCAAAUAUACCUUUCCACUCGCUGUUGCGAUUGUCCUUUCAGGCCAGUAUGAAGAUGACUUGGACAACUCAGAGGAUGUCAUAUAUACUGGUCAAGGUGGAAAUAAUUUGUUGGGUGAUAAGAAGCAAGUGGGAGAUCAAAAGAUGUUACGUGGAAAUUUAGCUUUAAAGAAUAGCAUGGAAGAGGGCCUACCUGUGCGUGUAAUUCGUGGUCAUCUCUCAAAAAGUAGUUAUGCAGGCAAAGUCUACACUUAUGAUGGUUUAUAUAAGGUUGUGAAUUAUUGGGCUGAGAAAGGAGUUUCUGGUUUUACUGUUUUCAAGUUUCGUUUGAAGCGCAUUGAGGGCCAGCCUGAGUUGACGACUAAUCAGGUUCAAUAUGUUAGAGGACGUAUUCCAGAUUCUGUUUCUGAAGUUCGAGGAUUGGUUUGUGAAGAUAUCUCUGAGGGCCAGGAGAAUAUUCCUAUCCCUGCAACAAAUUUGGUUGACGAUCCACCUGUACCACCAACUGGUUUUGAGUAUAUGAAAUCUAUCCAAGUUGCCCACAAUGUGAAAAUUCCUGCUCCGACACGCGGGUGUGAUUGCAGCGAAAGAUGCACAGAUCCCGAGAUCUGUGCUUGUGCUAGGCUAAACGGCUCAGACUUCCCUUAUGUUCAGAGGGAUGGUGGCAGGCUUAUUGAAGCAAAGGCUGUGAUCUUUGAAUGUGGUCCAAAGUGUGCCUGUGGAUGCACGUGCAUCAACCGGACCUCCCAAAAAGGCUUAAGAUACCGCUUUGAGGUUUUUAGAACACCAAAGAAGGGGUGGGCUGUCAGGUCGUGGGACUACAUACCAGCUGGUGCACCAAUUUGCGAGUAUAUUGGGGUACUCAAGCGAUCGGAUGAAGCAGAUAGUGUGUUGGAAAAUAAUUUUAUUUUCGACAUUGAUUGCCUUCAAACAAUGAAGGGACUUGACGGAAGACAGAUGAGACUGCAAGAUGUGUCUAUUCCUUCUGAUUCCGAGGAGAAAGUUGUGGAUAGCAUGGUGGAGUUCUGCAUUGAUGCUGGGAUUAGUGGAAACCUUGCAAGAUUCAUCAACCAUAGCUGUGAACCCAAUCUAUUUGUGCAGUGCGUUUUGAGUUUGCACCAUGAUAUCAAGUUGGCCAGGGUGAUGCUUUUUGCUGCUGAUAACAUACCUCCUUUGCAGGAACUCACGUAUGAUUAUGGCUAUGCACUCGACAGUGUCAUUGGGCCUGAUGGAAAGGUAAAGCAGAUGCCUUGCUAUUGUGGUGCUGAAGGUUGUCGGAAGCGGCUGUUUUAAGCUGUUUCUCGACUUCUGCAGCUGUAUUUGGGUUAGCACUUUUAACUGAAUGAUGUAUAGAUUAGAGGCUAACAUAGGAGCUAUCAUUUUAUGGGCUCAUGGGAAACUUUGAGAUAAAAUAUAAAAACAAGAGUAUAUAAGCCAAUUUUUGUAUGAUACUUGUAUGUAUCACUUUGCAUCUGUCCAUUGCUGAUGGAGCUAAUAUGUAUAGUUUUUUGUUUUCAGAUUAUAAUGGAAUAUACUAUUAUGACUUCUUAAGGUCAUUUAUGUGAAAUUGUAAAUGUUUGCUUACCAAGUUCAAUCAGAAUUUGGAAACAUUUUUUUU